AUGAUAUCCAGAACAACUUUAAGUUUAAAAAAAACUUGCUGCUUUUCUACAAUUUUAUGUCAAAAAAACAUGACACACAAUGUGUUUGUUUAUGGUACUUUAAAGCGAAAUGAACCAAAUCACCACUGGCUGUCUAAUUCCAAAAAUGGAGUUAGUAAGUUUAUCGCUGUUGGAAAAACUAUCAAAAAAUAUCCGUUAAUUAUAGCAACAAAAUAUAAUAUCCCAUUUAUAUUACAUAAACCUGGAUUGGGACAUCACGUUGAAGGAGAAAUAUAUGAAGUGGAUAACAAAAUGCUUGGCAAUUUGGAUAUACUAGAAGAUCACCCAAACUAUUAUAUAAGAGAAAUAGAUGAUAUAGAAAUUAAGAAAGUUGAUAACACAGAAACAAUGAAAUGUUGGAUUUACUUCUUAAAGAAUUUUAAAGAAGAACUUCUGACUAAAACAAUGUUCGCGAAUUACUCUUCCGCGGGUAAUCAUGGACUGCCAUACCUUGAAAGGUCAAAGAGAGAUCUUAAUUAUGACCAUUAUUCAGCUGUUAAGAAAUAA